GCCGCCGCCUCCCCCUCUGGGCCGCAGUGGUGCAGCCCGAGGUUAGCGGAAGCGGCCGCUCGGCGCUGCCAUGUUGAGCCGCCGCCGCCGCCGCCGCUUUGUUGUCGGCUCCAUGUAGCUGCGGCCCGGGGGAGGGAGCGACGGGGGACCGCCCGCCGCAGCCGCCGCCGCCGCCGCCCGGGGCCGCGCCGCCCCCGCCAUGGAGGCCAACUGGACCGCGUUCCUCUUUCAGGCACACGAAGCCUCCCAUCACCAACAGCAGGCAGCACAGAACAGUUUGUUGCCUCUCCUGAGCUCUGCUGUUGAGCCGCCCGAUCAGAAGCCGAUUCUGCCCUUACCAAUAACGCAGAAACCUCAGCCUGCACCAGAAACAUUAAAGGAUGCUAUUGUUGGGAUUAAAAAGGAAAAACCUAAAACCUCCUUUGUGUGCACUUACUGCAGCAAAGCUUUCAGGGACAGCUACCAUUUGAGGCGUCACGAGUCCUGCCACACAGGGAUAAAGUUAGUGUCACGGCCAAAGAAAACUCCCACCACAAUGGUGCCCCUUAUCUCGACCAUCGCUGGUGACAACAGCCGGAGUUCGCUGGUUUCGACUAUCGCAGGCAUCCUGUCCACUGUCACUACGUCUUCCUCUGCCACCAACCCCAGCAGCAGCGCCGGCGCCACGGCCAUGGCGGUGACGCAGACGGUGAAGAAGCCCAGCAAGCCCGUGAAGAAGAACCACGCCUGCGAGAUGUGUGGGAAGGCCUUCAGGGACGUCUACCACCUCAACCGGCACAAGCUGUCCCACUCGGACGAGAAACCCUUCGAAUGUCCCAUUUGCAAUCAGCGCUUCAAGAGAAAGGAUCGCAUGACCUACCACGUGAGGUCUCACGAAGGUGGCAUCACGAAACCCUACACCUGCGGUGUUUGUGGAAAAGGCUUCUCAAGGCCUGAUCAUUUAAGCUGUCACGUUAAACAUGUUCACUCAACAGAGAGACCCUUCAAAUGCCAAACGUGCACUGCUGCCUUUGCCACCAAAGACAGACUGCGGACACACAUGGUGCGCCAUGAAGGAAAGGUAUCGUGUAAUAUCUGUGGUAAACUUCUGAGUGCAGCAUAUAUCACCAGCCACUUAAAGACACACGGGCAGAGCCAAAGUAUCAACUGUAAUACCUGUAAACAAGGCAUCAAUAAAACAUGCAUGAGUGAAGAGACCAGCAACCAGAAACAGCAACAGCAGCAGCAGCAGCAGCAACAACAACAACAGCAGCAGCAGCAGCAACAACAACAACAACAACAACAGCAGCAGCAGCAGCAGCAGCAGCAGCAGCAGCAGCAGCAGCACGUAACAAGUUGGCCUGGAAAGCAGGUAGAGACCCUGAGAUUGUGGGAAGAGGCCGUCAAAGCCAGGAAGAAAGAAUGUCAGUUCACCUUUGAGAAGGCUAUAGAGUACGUACCAUUCGAAGCUGCUAACUUGUGCCAAACCUCCACUGCUGCUACUACGCCUGUGACUCUUACUACUCCAUUCAAUAUAACGUCCUCUGUGGCUUCUGGGACUAUCACAAACCCAGUCACAGUGGCAGCUGCAAUGAGCAUGAGAAGUCCAGUAAAUGUAUCAAGUGCAGUUAAUAUAUCCAGUCCGAUGAACUUAGGGCAUCCUGUAACCAUAACCAGUCCUCUGUCCAUGACCUCUCCAUUAACGCUCACCACCCCGGUGAACCUGCCCACCCCGGUGACCGCUCCAGUGAACAUAGCGCACCCCGUCACCAUCACGUCCCCCAUGAACCUGCCCACCCCCAUGACGCUGGCUGGCCCCCUCAACAUAGCCAUGAGACCAGUGGAGAGCAUGCCUUUCCUGCCCCAGGCCUUGCCCACCUCUCCUCCCUGGUAAACAAGUUCUAAACAGUAUUAAAAAGGAUUAAAAUGGAAUCCUUACCAGCAGUUCUUUUUUGGGUUUUGUUUUGGUUUUUUUUUUUUUGUUUUGUUUUGUUUUUUGUUCUGUUGGGUUUUUUGUUUUGUUUUGUUUUAGUUAAUAAUAAAUUCAGACUAAGACACUGGGGCAACACCAUCAGAGACCACAGUAGCAUCUUCCCCUUGAUUUGGCUCACAUGGUUCAGGCUUGAGUUUCACUGGAGCACUUCAUUUAAAGUAAGUUUUACAUUGUAGCUGACUGAUGCUGAAUUAGAGCAGAUACUUAUUUGCCAGAGUUUAAAAAAAAAGGAAAAAAAUACCAAAAAAAAAGGUAAUUAAAAAAUCCAGUUUUAUGUUUUAUCCCCUCAAAUUAUAACUUAGAAAAUUAUUUUAAUCUAAACACUAGCGAAGACCCCUCUGUAUCUGUGACAGGGUGGAUGGCUCAUUUUAACCUGCCAGGCAAGUCCACUGUUUCUGAGCUAGUGUAGAACCUUUGUCUGUGUUGAUGGUUUUUUUUAUUUUUAAUGAGUAAAUGCAUUACAAUGUUGUCAUUUAAAAAAAAUGCAUUUUUGGAGAAAAUAUGCAUUUUACCUUUGGGAAUAUGGUAAUUUCAGGCAGCAUUCCCUAUGGGAAAGGUGAUACCAGCUCUGAUAUGCAAAGCAUAUGAUAACUUAUCAUUCUAACUUCAACAUAUAAUAGGGAUUGUGACCUGAUAUUUGGAGAUGUAAAUAUUACCCAACAUAUUACCCUAAGGGAGUAGAGCAUUGUAGUCAACAUUUUUUAAAAAAAAAACCUGUUAUUGUUUGGUGAGAAACAGCCAUGGCUGACAGAAGAGGAGUCGAAAUGUAAACAUGGUCUCUGAACAGUCAGACCCCCAUGGGACUCUUAUCUAGGAGCAAAAGGAGUGCUUGGAAACUUAAGGAAAAUUGCUUUAAGCUGGAAGAUUCUGGAGGCCCUGGGUGUGAUUUUUACGCCCUCUGCCUCCCAGUCAGAGCCUGCUGAUGUUUCAGCAGGGGACAGACAUGUUAGUUGUUCACUAGAAGUUUUGUCUUAUAUUAAAUUGUAUACAGUUUUUAUUCUAACCACUAACUAGGUAGGAUGCCCCUCCAGGACAAGCAGAGAGCGUCUUUUAAUUUCUCCCCUAUUUCUUAAUCAAGUGUUGUGCAAAUCUGUUCAACUUUGUAAAUAUUUGCAAACAUCAUCAUUUUUACGUUAUUCUUCUAUUGUGUUAACACAUUUCUAUCAAUUUGUGGGAGUUCUGGGGUGCUGAGCUGUCCAGCCCAGAACUGCUCAUAAAUGGUCACACAUGUUUAAGCUACAUGUGCUUUUUUUUCUUAACCUGUUUAUCUGUACAUAAAGUAGAAAGCAAAGUCUAGGGAAACAGAUAUACUUUUUAGACUAUCAUGUCACAUAUUCACAUUUUUAAAACUUUGUUAAAAAAAAAAACCACCCUAAACCCAACCUCUACAUUAAAUAAAAAAAAAAAAAAAAGAGGAAAAAAAAAGAAAUUACAGUUGAGAUGUUUUUAUCUUAAUGAAGUUGAGAGCUCUGGAGAUUAGCGUGUGCAUUUUCACAGAGUGCUAGCAGGACUGCCCAGUCACACUGGACUGCUUCCGUUCCUCCCCGGCCGUGUCCGUGCGAGCAGUGAUUGCCAGGCUGCUGGCUCAGGUGACAGGUAUCUGUAUCCUUACGUGGAAGUGUUCUAGGGGCUUGGACUACAUAGUAAAACAAAAACAAAAAAAAAAAAUAAUAGAGCUUAGUGUAAAAUAAUUUUAUAAAUGAUCUUUUGUACUUUAGGACAUCAAAUUGUACAACUUUUGUAUAUAUAAAAGCUUAGGAACUUUCUGUUUAGCAGAAAGGAAACACAUUCCUACACUUUUAAUGUAUAUGUUUGUUAUAAUGUCCAUGUAAACAUAUGCCCUAUGUUUGUGCCUUUUAAUUAGUUUGUCUCAAUAAACAAAAAUGUAGAGAAGAAUAUGUAGCUAUGACUUUGUUACCACUGUUCUUACUCCAGGUGUGUAGAGGUCUUUGUUUUGGCCCUGUGUAGAGCCCGGCGUGCACGGCCAGCAUGUCCCCAGCCCCGCUGCCCCGGCCCCGCUGCCACCUCCACACCGUCCUGCAUGUUGGGACCUGUAGUUCCCCAGCCAUCUCUGCCAUCCCUGGCCACCACACCACCUCGCACCAGUCUCCCAAAGUAGGUAGAGCCUUCUGGGUCUGGGUAACCACAGCAAUGACCCUUAGGUGAAAUUUGGGUAUCCCUGAGCUUAAAAAAAAAAAAAAAAAAAGAGAACAAAAGCAUUAAAAAGCAUUAAAAGCCAAUAUGAAAAUGUGUACUAGAAGUGGUUAUCUAUGAAUUACUUACAAUAAACAGGUGUGAGACUUAAUUGUAUGUUGUCAAUUACUGCAGUAUUGACAGUGGGUCCCUUGUACAGCCAGCUGUUAUUUUUAUCCCAGCAGUGUAGCAGUAGAAUAAACACAUUAAACACCGGCAAGGAAAUUUUUCACCGUGACAGAGGCUUCCCAAACCACUAGCCACGGUGCUCUUAGCGUGGCAUAGGAAAAGGGCUGUUUCCUUUUUAUUUUAUGUUGGUUCUGCUCAACUGUACCUGGUUUAUGUCCACAAAGCUGCAUUAGCUAAUUGUCGACCUGUUUCAUUUGUACUUGGGUAAACAUUUGCUUUGUACUGUGUAUUAAUGGGUCCGAGGUGUGCUCCUCUGCUGUCUCAGUGCGGACAUUGACUUCGCUCUGUAAUGCCAUCCUUGCAAAUACAUUAAGCUGUUUUUCUGACAAACAAAA